GCAAGAGGAGGAGGCCGCCCUGUGAGGAAGCUCUACUUAUAUAUCGCUUCUUCUGCUGGGGGGAAAAUGCUUCUGAAAUCCGGUGGUUUACUGCUUUCUCGCAUCCCUCUCGUUUCUUCCUCCUACCGAACAAGUAAGAUUUGUAUGAGAAAAAUGAGCACUAAGAACACGCCUACACCAGUUUACCCUAAAUUCAUCCCAGUCGAACAGAAUCAAAUUACUUCAGUAAGCAAGUCUGAGGGCCUCAAAUUUCGAGUGGUUUCAUAUAACAUUCUGGCUCAGGUAUAUGUAAAAAGUUCUGUAUUCCCACACUCUCCAUCACCUUGUCUCAAGUGGAAAGCUCGUUCCCCAAUAAUUCUUGAUCUUCUUAAACAUCUUGAUGCUGAUAUUUUAUGCUUACAGGAAUUAGAUGAAUACGAUACCUUCUACAAAGAGAAAAUAGAGCAAAAUGAUUACUCAAGCAGCUACAUUAAAAGAAGUGGUAGGAAAUCAGACGGAUGUGGGAUUUUCUACAAGCACAACAAAUUGGAGUUGGUGAUAGAGGAAACAAUUGACUAUAAUGACCUUGCUAACUUGCUUCUAGAUGAAGCAUCUCGUGUGGAACAAAAGGAGAAGGAUCUUGAUUCCAAAGGAAAAGGAGAUCCUAAUGAUCCAUAUGUCCGGUUGAAACGUGAUUGUGUUGGAAUUAUGGCUGCUUUCAAGUUUAAAAAACCUUAUCAACAUUAUAUCAUUGUGGCAAACACACAUCUUUACUGGGAUCCAGAAUGGGCAGAUGUGAAGCUUGCACAGGCGAAAUAUUUAUCAUCACAAGUAGCAAAAUUUAAAAAAAUGGUAUCUGAAAAAUUUGAGUGCAAACCAUCAGUAAUCAUUACUGGGGAUUUCAAUUCUAUUCCUGGAGACAAGGUGUACCAGUAUCUUGUUUCUGGUGGCUCAGUGGAAUGUUUAGAAGAUGAACCACCGAUUAAUUUAUCAAGUGUUUAUGCAUGUACAAGGGGUGAACCGCGAUUUACCAAUUAUACCCCUGGAUUCACUGGUACACUUGAUUAUAUAUUUUUCUCACCUUCUGAUGAGGGGAUUCAAAUUGAACCUGUUAGUUUCCUUGAGCUUCCGGAAGCUGAGUCAGCGGAUGUAAAAGGUGGAUUGCCAAAUUAUUUUCAUCCCAGUGAUCAUUUGCCAAUAGGUGCUGAGUUUUUAGUGGUUUAGUAGUCAUCAUCUCUCUCAGUUUUGCAACUGUUGUUUCUUUUUUCUGAAUAUAUUUUUUGUAUUACAUUGUUAUAGAAUUUAUGAGAUAAGUUAAGAGGACAAUUUUCUAACUUAAA